AUGCGGGAGUUUAUGCAGUAUUUCAGAAAUGCCUUCUACGGUGCUACAGGAUGGAGCGAGGAUAACUCCUACAAGGACUUGAACGUGACAGCAAGAGAACUGAUUGACUUCCCGUUGCCUCGAGGAAUUCGCUUGAGCCUUUCUUCCCUUGCCACGCCACACUUCGCAACCAGCUAUCAACUCUGCAAUGUAGGCGUCGUCGACGGCUCGAUAUCAUACCUCCACAGCUCGGUCCCCCUGGCUGCCGUUCCUGCCCAGUCCGACAAAAUACCGCUAGGGGCUCUUAUGAGAUCCUACCGCGGGCUGCAUCAGCUCGGCUCACGAGGAGGAACACCAUGGUCGUGGGAAACUGGUCCUCAGAUAGGGACAAUCCCCCAGGUACCUGCUGUGGCGGAUAUGGGUCAGGUCCCGAAUAAGGACAAGAGCUCGCUGUUGUAUGGUCGGCUGUAUCUCCCACAGUCGCUGCUUGAGGCCAUGGUAAUCAAGCGGUUCAGUUCGACGCUGCAGGUUCAGAUAUCGGCUGUCAGUGAACAGUCUUUGCGGAACGGAGGUACAAUGCUGAGCGUCGUUCAAUACGACCGGGGGAAAUACGGAGUCGAGGGGCUUUACUCGACCGACGGAGGGCUUCUUGGCCUGAGAGGACUGUAUAAUUUCGGUGGGGAUGCUUCCGUAGCUGUGAUGGGUUCCCAAAAUGGGGCGGGCAGUCCAGAAUCCACGGAAAAGGAACGAAUUUAUGGCCGUUUCAGCGCUGGAGGAGAAAUGUACUAUGGGACCUUGAACAAGUCUGGAGGCAUGUCCUUGGGUGCACGUUUCGCAACUCUACCCACGCACAAAGGGACGCCGCUCACAGCGACACUUACUAUCAACCCGCUCAUGGGAAACAUCAACACCACAUAUGCCGUGCUGGCGAAGGACUUUCUUGCCAUGGCGACACGGAUGGAAUUUAACGCGUAUAGCUACGAGAGUGACUGGGCUGUCGGUUUAGAGCUAUGGAGCAACCGACGACCAGCCGGUUUCCUGCUUGGUGCCGAGCCCAGCCUUGAUCUUGAAUCCGACCAGCCCGAACUUCCGAGCAAAAAGGAGAGAAGUUUCCAGGCAAAGAUGGAAUGGCGGCUAGACGAACCUGAACCCGAACCCGAACCCGUCAAGAUUGCCGAGAAACCAACAGAGGGUAAAGAAGAAUACCUGGGCGUGUUCAAGGCCCGGCUCAGUUCCAAUCUCGAUCUGGGCUUGGUCUGGGAGGGUCGGGCCAAAUCACUGAUCUUCAGCCUCGGUACUGGUGUGGAUUUGCAAAGGUUAGGCGAGCCGUUCCGAAGCUUGGGAUUGGAAGUGCAAUACUCUUCUUGA